UGUGCUCCUCCGUCCCGCAAAAUAAUUUAUACCGAACUAUACAUCCCAUAGUUCAGUCUGUGUUUAUAUGCGACUCCGCGCUGAAAGAAAACCCGGAAGAUUGCGAAAGGUUUUUCUUGUGUGGAGUUUUCUCGUGGUGGUGGAUACGCAGUGCAACCAUGGAUCUCUUAACUUUUAUUUUUCUCUGGAAUAUAAGAUCGCCAACUUCCCCAAGGCCCGGUCAGGCUGUGUGAGAGUGAGAAGAGACGGUGACAGUGUGAUAGCUCCUAUUUGACUGGUCAUCCAGCCAUCCCAACCAUGGCAGCCCUGCCGCCCCUCAGCACGGCCGAUCCUGCGGCUUCUGGCACCGCCCCUCUUGGUUCUCAGGUCCACGCUGCAGCAAUCAACGGAGAUCGGGGGACGCUACAUAAGCUGAUCACAGCUGACCCCACCCUGCGGGACAGGGAGGACGCCUUCGGACGCACGCCCCUGAUGUACUGCGUGCUGGCCGACCGGCUGGACUGUGCCGAGGUGCUGCUGAAGGCUGGAGCCUCCGCAAAUAAGGCCGACCGCAGCAAGCGCACCGCCCUGCACCUGGCGGCGCAGAAGGGCAACGUGCGCUUCAUGAAGCUGCUGUUGGCGCGGAGGGCCGACUGGCUGCAGAAGGACCUAGAGGAGAUGACGCCCUUGCAUCUCGCCACGCGGCACUGCAGCCCCAAGUGCCUGGCCCAGCUCCUCAAGCACAUGGCGCCGGGGGAGGUGGACACGCAGGACAAGAACAAGCAGACCGCCCUGCACUGGAGCGCCUUUUACAACCACCCGGAGCACGUCCGGCUGCUGAUCAAGCACGACUCCAACAUCGGCAUUCCGGACAGCGAGGGCAAGAUCCCACUGCACUGGGCCGCGCACAACAAGGAGGCCAGCGCCACACGCACCGUGCGCUGCAUCCUGGAUGCGGCUCCCACUGAGAGUCUGCUCAACUGGCAGGACUACGAGGGUCGCACGCCGCUGCACUUUGCUGUCGCCGACGGCAACGAGGCUGUGGUGGAGGUGCUGACUUCGUACGAGGGCUGCAGUGUCACGGCGUACGACAACCUCUUCAGGACCCCGUUGCACUGGGCAGCCCUCCUGGGCCAUGCCAGGAUCGUGCACUUGCUUCUGGAGAGGAAUAAGUCUGGCACCAUCCCAUCGGACAGCCAGGGUGCCACUCCGCUCCACUAUGGCGCACAGAGCAACUUCGCGGACACGGUGGCCAUCUUCCUCCAGCACCCGUCUGUUAGGGACGACCCGGACCUGGAGGGCCGCACCGCCUUCAUGUGGGCCGCUGGCAAGGGCAGCGACAAUGUUAUCGGCACCAUGCUGGACCUGAAGCCCGACAUCGACAUCAACAUGGCCGACAAGUAUGGGGGCACCGCCCUGCAUGCGGCCGCCCUCUCGGGGCACGUGAGCACGGUGCGGCUGCUUCUGGAGCGCGGGGCCAUGGUGGACGCCCUAGACGUGAUGAAGCACACCCCCCUCUUCCGGGCCUGUGAGAUGGGCCACCGUGACGUCAUCCUCACCCUCAUCAAAGGCGGGGCCCGUGUGGACCUGGUGGACCUGGACGGCCACACGGCGCUGCACUGGGCGGCCUUGGGCGGGAACGCGGAGGUCUGCCAGGUGCUGAUGGAGAAUGGGAUCACCCCCAACGUGCAGGACCAGGCGGGCCGAACGCCGCUCCAGUGUGCAGCUUACGGGGGCUACAUCAGCUGCAUGGCUGUCCUGAUGGAGAACCAGGCUGACCCAAACAUCCAGGACAAAGAGGGGAGGACAGCCCUGCACUGGUCUUGUAACAACGGGUACCUGGAUGCAGUGAAGCUGUUACUGGGAUAUAACGCCUUCCCCAACCACAUGGAGCACAGUGAGGAGAGGUACACCCCCUUGGACUACGCCCUCCUCGGGGAGCAUCAGGAGGUCACCCAGUUCAUGCUGGAGCACGGCGCCCUCUCCAUCGCCGCCAUCCAGGAUAUCGCGGCGUCCUCUAUCCAGGCCGUGUACAAGGGCUACAAGGUGCGGCAGGCGUUCAAGGAGCGCAAGAACCUCCUUAUGAGACACGAGCAGCUUCGCAAGGACGCUGCCAAGAAACGGGAGGAGGAACAGCAGCGGAGGCGGGAGGCGGAGUUACAGGGCUCCCUGAGUGGGGUGCGGCAGGUACUAGCUGUUCUGUCUGUGUCGGAGCCCAAGGAUAGGGUCAGUAUCGAGCCUCCUGGGGGCCCUGUGGCCAGAAAAACCUCCAAGACAGAAAGGGCAGAGCGCAACCGGGCACGAUGCACCAGGAGCAGACCUGAGGAGCAGCGGAAGAGUAGGGAACUGAGGAGCAGGGCAUCCAGAAGUGAAAAGGAGGCUAAGGUGACCACACCCAUGGCCCCACCCCCAGCCACGCCCCCAGCAGCCUCAGCAGCAGGGUGUGGUGGUUUAGCAAAACCCGUGGGAGCUCCCCAUGACCCAGAGAGCCAGAAGGCCAUGUGGACGUGUAGAUCGUCCCAGGCUCAAGAGGUGGCCACCAAGGCAAUGGGGAAGUGCCCAGAGGGGGGGCGGCACUCACCUGCUGGUUCCAGUAGGCCGUGCAGUGCCCAUCAGACACCACUGCACCACCCUGGGGCUCCACACAGGAAGACCAGGAGUCCACACCUUCGCUCCACCCUCAAUGGUGCACGUCCGGGCCUCCCAGGAACCUUCUCUGGACCCCCAGUCCCGCUGCCGUCCCCAGAGAAUGUGGAGCUUAUGCCACUGCGGCUGCAGGUGGUGGACAGGGAGGUGUUCUACAAAGAGAUCCAGGCAGCCAGCACCAUCCAGAGGGCGUGGAGGAGGUUCCACGUACGCUGCAGGCUUAAGGAGGCACUGUGCAGGGGUGAGAAAGGGGCGGUGUCGGCAGAAACAGCCACCUCCCUCCUCGUCCAGCUGCUGUGGGAUAGGCAAUUUAACUUGAGCUCCGCCCCUCCGAAGGCCACGCCUCUAACAGAACAUCACACUCCUCCCAGCAAGGCAACAGCCAAGAAAACCACAGUGCUGCAGAGUAUCUAUGGUGGAUCUCAGGCCAGGAGAGGGCGCCCUACCAGAAGCACAACCCUGAACUCCCGGAGUCACUCGCAGAUCCUGCUAGACUUGUCCCUGAGCUCUAAUACUCACCUGAACACCAUCGAGUGCGUUCAUCUGCUGGACGCAGUGGAUCAGGCCCGCCAAUUCUCUUACCACAUGAGGCCCAGCAGCGUCACCCGCGGAGCCAAAAGCAGGGGCAAGCGCUGAGGCUGUCCCCUGCGGGGCCCGGGGCCUCACCGUGCCGCUGGGGCCAGGGGGGUCAUCCUGAAGUGGGACAUUUCUGUUCAGAGGUAUUUCAUUCAGAAAUUCAGCUCCAAAGGAAAUGUCAGCCCAGGAAGUAUGUUAUUAGUGCAGGAGUCUUAAAAGCACCAAGAAUGGCAAAAAGGCAGGGAAAAGACCUUUGACUCACCAGCAUUAAGACUAGCUGGGGGGGGGGCCUUAAAUUCUGACCUUUUUACAUGGACUAGUCCGGUUCCACACAGAAGAUGGGUCCAUUUCAGCUGAGCUGCAUCCAUGCACCAGGAUAAUGAAGGCCUGUGGUCCAUCGUUUUUUUUUCUCUGCUCGAUGUAAUUUUGCAAACUACAGUCGUUCUUUUCACUAUGGAUCUGGCUGUGGUCCAGAUAUGAAACAGCGCCUCGUGUCCGUGCCGGGCCACACCCGCAGACAGGAGAUAACCUUUCUCAGUGCGGGCACAAGACCGCAGCCUGUCAACACCCAGCCAUACAACAGUCACACCUGCAGUCCCAAAAGGGGAGGCGCAGGAAGACGCCAGAGGUCAGUCCGUCCGGCGGGACGCUGCCGCAGUGUACUGACGCAUAACAUGUCACCUCAGCCUGUCCACGGACCCAUAUUUUAAUUACAGCUGAAGAAUUCUCUCAGAAGCCAUAAGAAUUACUUAUUCUGCAUUAAUUGCAGUAGACUGACUAGGCUUUAAAUGACGUGGUACAUGUAUUUAUUCACGGUGCUGUGUACUUUAUACCGCAUGGUAUUUUCAGUAGAGUCUGCCUGUGCGUAUUACUCAUUAUAAUUAAAAUCCCCUUUUCACUACUGCUUAUAAGGGCUUUGUCCAUCUGUGAAAACUUAGUAAAAACACUCCCAGAAGAGGUUGUUCUGUAAUUACGAAAGAAUACCUCGUAACUGUACUUUUGUAAUUAUUUGCUCAAAUAAAACAUUUUUCAAAAGGA